GGAUAUCAGCGAUCCAGGUGGAACGUUGUACACACAUAUGUGUAGAGUGGCCAUGGCGAAAUGUAUUGGAACCGGAACCAAAGAUAAUGGGAAGGCCAGGAAACCUGAGCUAGUUGUAGCUUUGGAUUUCGGCACAACUUACUCCGGAUAUGCCUACGCAUUUCGGCAACAAUUUGAGUCGAAUAAUUUGAAUGUGACGCUGAACCCUGCAUGGACAACAUCCACGGAUGGUCUGCUGUCUAAGAAGACCCCAACGUCACUCCUUCUCAACCCCCAGGGGCAGUUCUGUGCGUUCGGAACAAAAGCAGACGACAAGUUUGCAGAACUAGCAGGCGAGGACCAGCAUCAGGACUGGUUCUACUUUCGGAGAUUUAAGAUGAAAUUGCAUUCUAAAAAGGAGUUGAAGCGGGGUCUAAAGAUGAAGGAUGAGCUUGGGAAACCUAUGUUAGCAUCCACUGUAUUUAGUUUAGCUAUUCGGGGUCUAAAGGAGCACUGUCUUGACACUUUAAGGAGCCAUGAAUCUGUUGAUCCGGCCUCAUUUGAUAUUGUCUGGGUCCUCACUGUACCUGCUAUAUGGAGGGAUUCAGCGAAACAGUUUAUGCGCGAAGCGGCUGUGGAGGCUGGUAUCGACGGCCGCAACCUCGUUUUGGCGCUGGAACCGGAAGCAGCAUCAUUGUAUUGCCAGCUCCUUCCAAUCAACAAACUUCACACUAAUAAAGAGACUCGUUUCACUGUUUCCCGUCCAGGCACCACCUUCAUGGUUGUUGAUAUGGGAGGUGGGACUGCUGAUAUCACAGUUCAACGACGCGAAAACGACGGCAGUCUUUGUGAGCUGUACGCAGCAACAGGAGGGCCUUGGGGCGGCGUUGGAGUCGAUCGUCAAUUCAUGAUUUUCAUAACAAAGUUGAUGGGACCGGAUGUUAUGUCACGAUUCUCGAAAGAACAUUCUGAGGACCUGAUGGACAUGUACAGAUGUCUAGAAACCUGUAAGCGUACUAUCCGCCCAGAAAGUACAGGAAAUAUUACAAUAGAUAUCCCCGGUACUCUAACUGAUAUUUACAAAGACGUCUUUAAAGAACCAUUCGGUUCAAGCUUUCCUGAAGAAUUUGAAAAUAAGAUAAAAUUUAAUCAUGGUAAACUGAAAAUAGAUGCUCAAAUAAUGAAAGACUGUUUUACCACUAUCACUGACGAAAUCAAAAAUCACAUAAAAACAAUUUUAUCAGAACCCAGCUGCUCAGGAAUCAAAACAAUCCUGCUGGUUGGCGGGUUUGCCGAGUCGGAAAUGGUAUCCUCUACUAUGGUCACUGAGUUUACUGACUGCCGGAUUGUAAUUCCACAGGACUCGGAGACCGUCGUUCUUAGUGGUGCAGUGAUAUAUGGCCACUCUCCAGGAAGCAUCUCCACCCGUGUCGUUAGAUACACCUAUGGUGUUAGUUAUAUGCUUGACUUCGAAUCUGGUAAACACCCAGAAAAUAAAAAGGUAGAAAAAGAAGGCAGGCCUUCAAUCUGUAAAGACUUAUUUGAGAUUUUUGUGCAAAUGGGUUCACCUAUCAAAACAGGAGAGGUGAUAUCAAAAGUGUAUAGUCCUGCUCGAAAGGAAUCCAAAAUAAUGGUUAUAAAAGUAUAUGCUUCCAGUAAAAAGAACCCAGAGUUUGUGACAGACGAAGGUUGUUGGAAGCUUGGAAAGCUAGUGGUGGACCUACCUGAUUCAGAAAAUAGUUCCGAACUGGAGAUACAUGAACGCAUGGUGUUCGGUGAGACAGAACUUAGAGUUGAGGCAGUGGAACCCGUUUCCGGAAAAACGUUUUCGGCGCGGUUUGACUUUCUUUGAGUCGUCAUCGUGACGCAUAUCCUGCAGCUAAUUUCGAAAGCAUGUAAGCCCUUCAUCAAAUACUCUCGGUCACAUCCUGUAAACAGUACAUGUUUCAAUAUGAGACUAAGACUUUCCUGUGAGUUACACAAGUUAUAUUGGUACGCCGCAUACCAUGAUGACGAAUGAUGGCGUGACCUGUGUAAAUGAAAACGUGUGUAAACUGUAUUUUCUAGAUCUAAAGAAAAAGCAUGUAACUGUAACUGGUGGCCCCUGGUAACUAACAAAAAGUUUCCUACCAGGUUCAAUAUAUUAAAGCUCGGUGUAGCUUCCAUACAGGGUUUAUGAUAGUCAGAGGGCCACAUUUUAUGAAGUUUGUUUUUUUCUAAAGAUUUUUGUUUUGUCCCGCAUGCAACGAAAAAAAUCGUGCAGGCGAGACAGUGACAGCGACGACGAGGUCACCGUCAACAUUCACUUCAAGAUUUUUUUUGUUGAUGGCCAUUUCUCAAAGCGUGUGUCACUGGCGCAUGCGAUUUUAAUGCAAAAAAAAAAAAAAAAAAAAGAAGAAAAAGAAAAAAAACGAAAAGAAUAGAAAAAAUGGUAGGAAAAAAGAAAAAUUAUAAUUAAACAAACAUGGUAUGGCAUGACUUUAACCAAACUUGGUAAAGAGCUACAUGGGGAUCAUAUAAUCCAAUUAGUCUAGAUAUUAGGGAUGCCGGGAAACUUGCUUUCUGUUAACUUUUGUUCCGUGUUAUAUAAAAUGUUGUCGGGUUGUAGUACUGACAUCGAAACACCCUACAACUCCCAUCCAAUUUUUUGAAUCUAUGCUCUUGUUAUGCAAGUUUAGGAUAUUCACUUAAAUUUUGUAUCAAUAUGUAUCAAUACGAAAUUGAAUUAUGAUUGUGAGAAUCUUAAUUGCUUCUCUGAAUGACCUACGAGUUAGUUUAUAGUCAAAUUGGAACAGAUGCAUUUUCUCCACCUUUAAGAAGAUGACAACUUUGUGUAAAUAUGUAAUACUCAGAUGUCCAUGAAUAUUUAUGAUAAUCGUAAUUUGCUCCUUGUUAUUUCUGUAUGUACAAUAUAUACCAUAACUACCAUAAUACUCAAUCAUACAAUAUAUCAUUGUCGUAAUGAUUCUAAUUCAUAUAUAGUAAAAUGUGUUACAUAAUGAAAAUGAAAAUGAUUUGGCAUGUUUUAUGUCUAAUGAUAUUAUCAUGUGUACAAAAGUAUUGACUAAAUUGAUGAAUAUUUAUGUAGAUGAUGUCAUAAACAUAUGCGAUAAGUAACACUACUGUAACGUCAUUAAUAAAUGAAGUUACACAAUUAUUUCAGUAGUGAAAAACAUAACAAUGAAGUCGAUUUUUUCCCCUUAUGAACUGGAAAAUUAAUUGAAGAUUUUUCAAAAAAUAAUCAUGAGUUAUGUCUUGUAUUGGUGUCAGUGCUGUAUGGAAUUUGGUAUACUCAAAAAUACUUAAAAUACAAGAGAUCCUUAGUCUCAGGAAAUGCUCGCCUUUUGACAGUUUUAUGUCCCUUGUUUUGGAAGAAAAUGGCGAAGGUUAAAAGGUUGCGAAUAGGUCCUGAUCUUUAUAUAACCUUCAUUGUUUCCUUGUAAUAAGGCGUGUAUCUUAACCCUAACCCUAAUCCAUGUUCUGAGCAAUAAAUGUGCAUCCGGGCUUUAAUGUACUUUUGUUUUCUUCUUGGUAAAUAACAACGUUAGAAAAGUUAGAUAAAAUUUACUUUUGGUCUUUUAUCAAUCAUUUUCUUUUAUCUAAAUCUGAAAGAUUUCACAGUAUACACCUGUUAUAGAUGCAGUAUGAAUUUUACGUAAAGUGUACCAAAUGUUUCUUCCGAUUUAGCAGAAUGCAGUGUCUAAUAAUGUGCAUUCUUAUCACAUAAUCUAGCAAAGAACAUGAGUCUUUGUAAACAAGCAAUGUGCAUCAACUAUAAAUCCCUUGAUUGCCCCUUAAAGAGUUCUUAGAACUGCGAGACCUUAAGUUAUAAAACACGUUUAGGCUAUAUAUGGUGUUAACCUGUGACACACUCCGUCGUCAAUACCUGGAAUUCUUACAAGCUUGGCUGCACAGGAUAUAAACACUGCAUACAUAUACAUACCAAUACACACAUGUGAAUCUAGACUAGCCGUCCUACACAUUCGCAAUUUUCGUGAAUACAAGGACCUUUCUAUGUAAAAGUAUCAUAUUGCUAUUUAUAUAAUGCAUUGCAAAAUACGUUGCCUGUUUAUGUAUGAUGGCUCGGUAUAACUCACUUCGCACUUGAUCAAUUGAGAUAAUAGAAACAUGUGUUAUGUGGCCUUCCAAGGGAGAUAAUAAACAUUUGACAAACGGUCUUCAGGUUCAGAUAUAGCUUGUACAGUAUGUUUGAGGGUAAAGUAUGGUUUUAUAUGAGAUGGUUUUAGGUGGUCCCUAAGGUAUGUUUGACUGUAGAAACUUUCAAAUUAUCCAGAUAGGACGCUGGCAUUUUUUGUUUUUUGUUUGUUUGCUUAUGCUUUUCUCAGUAUCUUUCAUCAUAUGAUAGUGCAUUAUUGUCGAUUUCGCCCCUGUGUAUCGACAGCGAUAUUAUUAAUAGUAAAAUAUGUAUGAGGGAAGAUAUUACAGCUUGUAUGUAUGUAUGUAAUGCUUUUUCGAAAAUGCUCAAUAACUCCGAUCAAUGAAAAGAAUAAACGUGAAAAAAUUAUAAUCCGAGAAAUACAGCAAAUCUAUUGUAAAUACUUGACGUUUUGUUUAUUUACAUCUACUGAAUAUAUUUCACUUCUUGACAUGUCGUGUUAUCGUUUGAAAAUGAGUUGUUGUUCAUUCUGUCGUCUUCCGUGAUAUAUAUGUCUGCGUUGAUGGUGUAGUAUGCCGCGAUCUUCUGAGUUGAUACUACAAUUGUAUUAUUGUACAAUUUUGUUGUGAAAUCAUACUUAUGUUUAUCCUAAUGUCUAAAUUGAAAUCAUGUUUCUAAACAGAGAGAAAAAUGUAUAAUCUGAAUUGUUAUCUUCGCUAGACAAAUGUGACUAUUGAAAUAGAAUAAGAACCAAAAUAUGCUUGUUGUCUUCAUUCUACUGUAUUAAGUAUUCCUCAUACUGUUUCGCAUAAUCUAGAUACGUUAAGUUCUGAAAUCUUUUUACAUAAACAUAUGUAAACUGCGUCUGAUAGUGAUCAGUUGGCACCAUCAACUAUAUAUGUAUACUUAUUUGAUUAUGCAGAAUGGACUUAGACCGUUGAUACCAAAGUCCCAGCAUAUUUUGUACGGUGUAUAGAAGGUCUUAUUGUCCAUAUGAGGGAAAGCAAUAGAUUAUAAAUAUGAUGUAUAUACAGUUUAUAAGUGUUUACAUGUAUCUGUAUAUAUCCCAGAGCCUUCCCUAAUAUACCUAUGCACAAUGAGAUCCUUCCAUACACGAUACAAGAUACAGAGAUUAUUUUCCAGCCCACAUGGGGGCAGAAUCAAAUAAUGUACAUAAUAUAAGUGAUACAGUGGUAACACACUUGCAUUUCACCUAGGAGACUAGCGUUUUCAUUCCCCGAUCGGACGUGAAAGGGUAUGGGGUCACAUGGCCGACCAAGUGGGUUUUGUCCCGGCACUCCGAUUUCCGCCAACAAUUAGACCCCUCGCAUGCUGUCAUCCGGUUCAACAAGUGUGAUUAUUGUAAGUUGAUAUAAUAUUUUUUGCAACUGUUGUGAAAUAAAUAAAGUCUUAAAAGGUUGAUAUUUAUUUUACAGAUUCUACUAGGAUUAGAAUUUGGAUUGACUGUGGAUGAAUACAACGUAUUAAUUAAUUAUAUAACCUUUCAGCGGGAUUGUACUCAGCACUAUGUUAUAUAUAGUGUAAGCAAUAAAACCAUAAUGUGCUUGUACUGGAACCAAUUGUGUCGAAUAAACUCAUGACCGUAAUUAAUGAGGUUAAUUCAUAUUGAUACCUCUAAUUCAACCUCCACUUAUUUGCUAAGGUAAAUGUAUAGGUAAACAAUCACAAAAUUUGUGUGAAAUUAUAAAGUUUUAACAGUUAGAUAACCAAAUAUAUCGAUCAGAGCUAUCGAUGGCAUCGAAAAGUUGACAUAACUUCAUUUAAAACAUCCACUUUUGGAUUAUCAAUUGGAGGAGAGUACUUAUUUAUUAAAGGGGGGAAGAGACUAGGGCAUAUAAGUGUAUAUUCAUAUUCCCUAUAGUGCCGUACCUUAUUUACACAACGAGACCCUUCUAUGUAUCGAUUCACAAUAGAAUAUGUGUAAAAUUACCGGGCUUCCACCUUGACACGAAUACACCUGUUAAUAUGCCGUAAUUUCUGUUUGAACGGAAUUUAUUGAUUUUUUCGGUAUUGGUUUAAGACCAAUCAAUACAAUAAAGUAACUUUAAGACAGGGCAAUGAUACGGGGUAUAUGUCUUAACAAAGAUCACGAUAAUAAGAGCAAAAAUUUUAAAAAGUAUUUUAAUUGCGACGCAUUUUAUGUAUAAACGCUUUAAGUUAGUUCCAUUUGUUCCUUUUUCGUAUUCAUAACUAUCAUUUACAUUAUUGUAAUAAGUUCCUCAGUUCUACAGCCUGUAACUUGUUGGAGAGAAAUUGUCACAGUGUUACUUUUGGAGGUUUUUCGUCCUCGCUCAAGCCAGAUCAUUUUAUAUAAAUAGUAUUGUACUUAACUCCUUUUAGUUAUUGGCAUAACUUAGCAAGUCUAUUAAUAACCCUCUAUGUUGUCAGUUUGAUUCCUAAUAUAUAUUGUAUUAAUUGAUAUGGGACCUUACUGAUAUGAAUAUUGUCGUUUAUUAUAUAUACAAAGUACAUGUAAUUACAAUGUACAUGCACAGAAUUAAAAAAAAAAUGCUUUAAUUUCCAAUUGUCGCAUUCACCAAACGUUGGUGAAUAGGUCACACGUAUACGUAUGGUCAAUAGAUAUGCCAGCAAUAUUCAGCAACAUAAACAACAGUUCUAGACAUUAUCAUGAUAUAUCACAGCAAAUAUUGUAGAUAGCACUAGUAAAUAUGGCGUGAAUUGUAGAUGGUUUUGUUUCGGUGAUUUUUAUGAUCAUUUUCUGACCUGCACUUUCGGAAUGUAUGUGUAGUGCUAUCUUACACCCAUUACGCUGCGCAACACAUUGUUUCAUAGUUUAUGGAUGUUCUGUCAUAAUAAAGUUUAAAUCACGGAA